UCAAAUCCCAGCCAUGGUCUUAAAAGAAGGAAAGAAAGAUUGAUUUGAGUUUCACAUUCAAUCUUCAGACAGGCCAGACUGCGCAGAAGUUUCGCAUCCAAAAUUCAAACUCAGAAUACAAUGAGGAAAGGAGCUAAGAGGAAGGUCAGCCAGAGAGAAGACAAUAAGGAAAACUCGACCAAGCCAGACAACCACAAAGAACAUCCCAGCAAGGCUACCACUCGAUCAAAGCGGGUCAAGGCCUCCCACCCCGAAUCCGAGCCAGAGUACUUGGAGGAGCCCCGCAACUUGGAAGAUCUCUGGAAGGCUGCUUUUCCUGUUGGGACAGAAUGGGAUCAAUUGGACGCGGUGUACCGGUUCAAGUGGGAUUUCUCAAAUCUGGAACAAGCAUUUGAAGAGGGGGGAAAGCUGUUUGGGAUUGGGAACAACAAAGUCUAUCUCUUUGGUGGUACGGAGCCUCAACAAGUUCCUUUCAAGGGUAAAUUGGAAAUUGUUUACAUACCUAUUGUGGUGGCUGUUGUAUCUCCUUGCCCACCUUCUGAUAAAAUUGGGAUAAAGUCAGUUCAGAGAGAGACUGAAGAAAUAGUUCCAAUGAAAGAGAUGAAGAUGGACUGGGUUCCAUAUAUUCCUCUGGACAAGAGAGACCGCCAAGUUGUGGAAUAUGGGCGAAAAUCUCCUCAAAUAUUUGUGUUGGGAUGCACUCAGAGAAGGGCUGCUUUGAAGCACAUGAAGAUAGACCGUCUAAAGAAAUUUGAUUACUGCUUGCCAUAUUUGAUGCCAAUCAAGGAAGAGGAGCUUGAGCUGAGCACUGAGGUGGACAUACUUUUCCCAGCAGAGCCAAAUCCACCGGUUUACUGCGUAUUUGAUUGGCAGUUUGAUGAAGUUGAGGAGUUUGCCGAUGAUCGGAUAAAAGAAGAGGAACUAUCUGCUGAUCAAAAGGAUGCCUUCAUGGAGUUUGUCAAGGAGAAAGUACGCCAGCAAAAGAGAGAGAAUCGAGAGAAAAAGGAAGCCCGCAGGCAAGCCUUUGAGAAAAUGAGUGUGGAAGCUAAAGCAGCAUUCGAAAAUUUGAAGUAUUAUAAGUUCUAUCCGGUGCAAAAAGCGGAUACUCCUGACAUAUCAGCUGUUAAGGCUUCAUACAUCAAUAGGUACUACAACAAGGCUCAUGAGGUUCUCUGAUUUCACCAACAUCCUUGUUUGGCCCGUGCCUCCUACUGCUGCUACAGUAAUUGAACCUUUAGGCUCAUGGGGUUCUUUAAUUAGUCCAAAUUUUUGUAAUCUUUUUGUGAUUUGAACUCAUCGGAAAUUAUAUCAACACAAGGUUUUAUUUCCUCAUUUAAA